ACACCGGGUUCAGUUUUUCAAACACCAAAACCAAAAUACAUCUCAGAAAUAUACAAGACAAGUUACUACUCUGUACUCAUUGACCAAGAAUAUCGUUGUUGUUGAAAAUUUGACUGAAGUAUUUUGUUGCUUGCGGCUGGUUAGCUUGGACAUUUUUGUUUUUUGAUAUCAGCCUUUGGCAGAAUAUCUUUUUUAGCAGAGAUGACGAAACUGCCCCAGAACGAUGCUCCCAAUGAGUUCAAGAUCAACAAUGCACCGCAGGACGGCAUUUCUGCAGUGAAGUUUGGUCCCACCUCGUCACAGUUUAUCCUCGUCUCAUCCUGGGACACAUCUGUCCGGCUGUACGACAUACAGAAUAACAACCAGAGGCUCAAAUAUCAUCAUUCAGGCGCUGUACUAGAUUGCUGUUUUCAGGAUGGUGUCCAUGCGUACAGUGGUGGCCUGGACCAAAAUCUGAAGAUGUUUGACUUCAAUUCAGGAACAGAAACGAUCGUGGGACUGCACGAGGCGCCGAUACGCUGCGUCGAGUACUGCGCCGACGUCAACGUCAUCGUCACGGGAAGCUGGGACAUGACGGUGAAGCUGUGGGACCCUCGCGCGGCACGCAGCGCUGGCUCCUUCUCGCAGCCGGACAAGGUGUACACGCUGGCUACGUGCGGUGACAAGCUGGUCGUGGGCACGGCCGGGCGGCGCGUGCUCGUCUGGGACCUGCGCAACAUGGGCUACGUGCAGCAGCGACGCGAGUCCAGCCUCAAGUACCAGACACGCUGCAUCCGAACCUUCCCCAACAAGCAGGGAUACGUGCUUAGCUCUAUAGAAGGGCGUGUGGCGGUGGAGUACCUGGAUCCGAGCUCCGAAGUGCAGAAGAAGAAGUACGCGUUCAAGUGCCACCGCAUCAAGGAGAACGGGGUCGAGCAGAUCUACCCCGUGAACGCCAUCGCCUUCCACGCGCAGCACAGCACCUUCGCGUCCGGUGGCUCUGAUGGUUUCGUCAAUAUCUGGGACGGUUUCAACAAGAAGCGUCUCUGCCAAUUCCACAGGUAUCCGACAUCGAUCGCCUCGCUCGCCUUCAGCCCCGACGGCACGAUGCUCGCCAUCGCCUCCUCCUACAUGUACGAGGAGGGAGAACAAGAGAACGUGCCCGAGGACGCCAUCUACAUCCGACACGUCACCGACCAGGAGACGAAGCCAAAGUAGCGCGGCGGACAAACAAGCGGACGUGCGUGCGAGCGAACGGGAGAGCUGUACAUAUAUAAGAAUAUUUGAAGAUGAACAAGACGAUGAAUUUUACAUUUACCCUUACACAAAUAUUUUAUGGGAAAAAGUAGCGAUGUAUAAUAAAGUUGCUCCUUCCCUACUCAUUU